AUGAACAUACCUAUUUAUAUCGGAAGACUACAAUAUACACCCCAUAUACUGCCGAAGGUUGCCCUGCAUGACACCCCACCAGACUACAAUAUACUGCCGAAGGUUGCCCUGCAUGACACCCCACCAGACUACAAUAUACUGCCGAAGGUUGCCCUGCAUGACACCCCACCAGACUACAAUAUACUGCCGAAGGUUGCCCUGCAUGACACCCCACCAGACUACACCCCACCAGACUACAAUAUACUGCCGAAGGUUGCCCUGCAUGACACCCCACCAGACUACAAUAUACUGCCGAAGGUUGCCCUGCAUGACACCCUACCAGACCACAAUAUACUGCCGAAGGUUGCCCUGCAUGACACCCCACCAGACUACAAUAUACUGCCGAAGGUUGCCCUGCAUGACACCCCACCAGACUACAAUAUACUGCCGAAGGUUGCCCUGCAUGACACCCCACCAGACUACAAUAUACUGCCGAAGGUUGCCCUGCAUGACACCCCACCAGACCACAAUAUACUGCCGAAGGUUGCCCUGCAUGACACCCCACCAGACUACAAUAUACUGCCGAAGGUUGCCCUGCAUGACACCCCACCAGACUACAAUAUACUGCCGAAGGUUGCCCUGCAUGACACCCCACCAGACUACAAUAUACUGGGCUAA